UAGGGUUGUCAGGAAGAUAAUGGGGGAAGGAGGAGAUCCAUGUCUCUUGUCCUGAGCUCAUUGGAGGAAAAGCAAGGUACAUACACACCAAGAUCUGAACGAACCCUGAACAUUUCUCAAGCUGGCCAUUCUUCUGCCAAAGAUCCAGAGACUCUUUGCUUAGAGUAGAAUAUGCCGUCGGCUUUCUUGUACUGACCGUAGGGUGUCCCAUAUCCCUCUGUUGUAAAGGGGGCUGAAGGGAAAAGGAACCUGGUGAUUCUGCUCUGUCGCUAUUUUGACAGCUUUGAGAAAUACGGGGUGGGGUGGGUGGUCCAAGGCUGCACCCCCACCCCAACCCUUGAAGCAUCCUGAACGUCCCUUUCCCCAUUAGGGAGGGCCAGCCCCCCGCUCUCACAGGGCCGCCCACACCUUGACCAAAGUCACUUGGUGGGUCCAAAAUGGCGGCGGGAAGAGGGGAGACGGCCGCCCUUCACCUCCAGUUCCGGGCAGUGCCAGACCCGGGCAUGCACUCAGCCCUGAAAAUGGAGGAGCAAGAGUCAGCUGGCCGUGAACUGGGGGGAGGAAGGGGCCCACAUUUCCUGCCGGUGGGGUCCAUGCGGGAAUUCUUAGCUGGGGAAGGCCCCCAACAGGUUAAACAGGAACCCGACGAGGGGUCUCAGCCACAGCCCCCACCGGCACAGGACUGGGACCCUCCCAGACAGGCGUUUCCAAAAACCCAGUAUCCCCAGUCAGGAUGGAGAAAUGCCCCAUUGCCCAAGCCCCUCCAUUGGGACACAAAUUCUUUCUGCCCCUCCUUCGAGCCCCUGGCUAAUGCUAGCCAGUGGCCCUCAGGAGGAACCUGGGUGCCACCGACCCUGUCAGGCCUCAGCCGAGAGGCUCAGCCGGUCUACAGCGGCCGGGAUCACCGGGAGCGGCAGGAUUACGGGGGCAUGAAGGACGAGAUCCCCCUUGAAGACAUGGUGGCGGCGGAGAUCCAGCGCCAGCGCUUCAGGCACCACCGCUACCAGGAGGCCGAGGGGCCGCGGGAAGUGUGCCGGCAGCUGAGGGAGCUCUGCCACCAGUGGCUGAGGCCGGAGAGGCACACCAAGGAGCAGAUCCUGGAGGUCUUGAUCCUGGAGCAAUUUGUCAGCAUCCUGCCUCAGGAAAUCCAGAACUGGGUCCGGGAGCACAGGCCGGAGACCUGCGCCCAAGCCGUCACCCUCUCGGAAGAUUUCUUGAUGAGGCGGCGAGAGGCUCAGAGGAAAGAACAACAGUUGCUGUGGCCAUUCGAGGAGGUGGUGGUGAACCGGCCCUUGGCUCAACAGGUGCCAUAUCCUGCCUUGGCACAACAAGUCCAUUAUCCCCCUGUGGCACUGCCAAUGCAGUACCCGCCCCUGGCACCGCAGACUCCAUAUCCCGCCAUUGGGCAGUCCGCCCCAAACCCCCUCCUGCCAGAAAGAGGAUUGUUGGACCUCGGGAGAACGCUGAUCUGCAGGGAACCUGUGCCGGAGGGUGGCCGGAGCCUCAGGCCUUAUGCUUCUGUGUCCUUAUGA